ACAAAGGCCACGCCGUCGCCCGGCCAUUGACGGUGGUUUCAUCUUCUUCAUCGUUUACUGUCGUCUACACAUACAUAAGAGGAGAGACAGUGUAGCUUCCCUAGCAACAGCCUCACAAAUAUUCCAGCCUCCGAGCAAAGGUACGUACGGACGGUGGCUAUUUUCCCCAGCUGUAUCGCACCUUAUCGCGGUGGAUUGAUCACUCCUCAGUCUUUCCGUUUGCUCCAUCCCAACCGGCCCGCUUCACACCCAGCCAGCCUGCUCUUUCCCUCCCAGCGACUGCUCUCAACUUCUUUUUUUUUCUCCCUUCCAUCUCACUCCCCGCCAACGAGCUUCACUCCUCCAUCUCGUCCCUCAUCAUCUUCUUUUACCCAGCAUCAAUUGACAUUUGGCAUCUCAGAGCAGACAGACAACAAGUCUUUUCUCCAUACCAACAUCCACCACCAUCAUCAUGAUGUCCAAGUUUCUCCUCGCAGCCUCGGCCGUCGCCGCUGUCGUUUAUGCGCAGGACCUCGAGACCUCUAGCGCUUCUUCGGUCGCGGCCACGUCGACUGCAUCUCAAGUAAUGCCACCAGCUGCCACGGCGUCUUUCAACCCCGCUGGAAUCAGCUCAACCGAUGCAUUCAACUGGUGUCAUGCGCAGCUAAACACUUGCCCGUUGAUUUGCGGCGGAAGUGCUUCUCUGAAUCAAUGCGACGAUACAACCUUCACCUACAGCUGUGUCUGUGCCAAUGGAACCGUCCCCGAUUGCACUGCUUUCACGCAGACUCUGCCCUACUUCAUCUGUCAAGAGAGCUACAUCCAAUGUAUCAACAACAACCCCAAUGAUGCCCAGGCCCAGAGUGUCUGCAAGCAGAACGAGCAGUGUGGUACUCGUAAUGCGACUGCCGAAGUUCUUUCAGCCUCCUCCGCUGCUGCUUCUUCCGCAGCUGCUUCCACCUCUUCAGCAGCACCUUCCUCCACCGCUUCUGCCUCCAAAUCAGGAUCUGCCACAGCCGCCAGUGCUUCUGCCUCAGCUACCGAGUCCCACAACGCAGCUGCUGGCAUGUCUCGUGUCACUACUGGCGCAUUCGCUGCCGUCCUCAUGGCUGCCUUCAAGCUUCUCGUCUAGACGUUCGAUCCUCGGCGGUGUAAUAGCAACCUCCAUCCUUUAGCUCGAAGAUCACGUUGGACAGACUCUUAUUCUCGGGUAAUGGCAGAGGUACAAAAGUUAGGGAGGUGUAACAGCCAAAAACACAGACACAAAAACAAGUUGACUAAUUACUGGUGGGUGAACGACGACAUGCGAAUGACUGGCAUGAUUAGGGGAACGAAUCAUUAGGGGUUCAAUGGUGACAUGAGAGACUUGGGGCAGGGCAUUGAACAAAGCGAUAUGAUUUAUGUGGUUUUGUGAGCGUUCUGCGAUUGCUUCCCGGGGCAAAAGCAAUUUCCAAUCCUUUAGCGAGCGUGUGUGUUUAUGUCUAGGUAUGCAUUGGCACAGAGACAGGUGAACAUGACCAUUGGAGGGGGCACUUAGUAGACAGAGAAGAGGUAAUAAUCUGAUUGUGAUUGAAACCCCCUUUUUUGAGAAGUCAG